AUGUCAUCUAGUAUCUGUGAUCAUACUCAUGUGAUUGAUUUUUAUUUUCGUACUCUUGAUUAUUGUAUUAAAAAUGAAAAUGAAAAGAUUGGUGCUGCAGCUUUACAACAAAUUGCAUUACAUUUAUCAGAUGAUAUUAGUGAUCAAAAACAAUAUCAACGACUUCUUCGACUACUUCCAUCAAAUUUAUCAUCUGCUACUAUACCUGAAAUACAUAAACCUAUCUUAACAACAAUUGAAAUUUUUCGUUCAAGAAAACAAACUACUAAUCAAGAUAUGCAAUCAAAUUAUACAUUAAUAUUUUUUAAUUGUCAUUAUCAAUAUCUAUAG